AUGGCUUAUUCGCGAAGAUACGGCCUUGGUCGGAGCAAAGAAACAGAAGUCAAACCCGAAAUCAUCGAUGAAGAAGUAGAAAGCCAAUACAACUUCGGUCCAGUUCUCGGCCGUGGCGCAUUUGGUGUGGUCACGAGAGCUUCUAAAGACGGAACUGAGUUCGCGAUCAAGACGCUUAAAUGUGUCAGACUACAGCAAAGAAAAGACGCCGAGCGCGAAAUCGCAAUUCUGCAACAGUUGGACCACAAGAACGUGUGUCGCCUUACGGCCGCCAGGAAGAGUGGACGAAAUAUUUUCAUGAUAAUGGAACUAUGUACAGGCGGCGAGCUAUUCGAUAAAGUAGCCCAGGACCAUCUUUUGAAAGAAACCACGGUGACGGAGUAUUUGCGCCAGAUUUGCCAGGCGCUUUCGUAUUUACAUUCCAAGAACAUUCUGCACCUUGACCUUAAGCCGGAAAACGUCGUUAUGGCACGUCCCGAUUGUGACACGAUAAAAAUAAUCGACUUCGGAGGGGCUCAGUUUUUCACCAAAGGGAAGGCUGUUCGGACGAUGUUUGGAACGCGCGAGUACAUGGCACCGGAGACGUUAAGCUUCGAACCUGUCGAGUUGACGACUGAUAUGUGGUCUGUUGGAGUUCUGGCUUAUAAUCUGCUAUCCGGAUUGAGCCCAUUUGCCGGAGAUGACGACAACGAAACCGAGUGCAACAUCCAAAACUGCGAAUGGGAUUUUGACGAGGAAGAAUUCGACAAAGUUUCCGACGAGGCAAAAGACUUCAUUUCCAAUCUCUUAGUUUUUGGAACCAACGACAGAUUGAACGCUGACAGAGCGCUGGAACAUCCUUGGUUGAAAACGAUAAAAAGGAUUGAAGAAGGGCCAGAGCAAAAGUUCGAAAGAAGUUUGUCAGUUUCUCUGAUUGAUAAUCUCAAAGCGCUGAUAGCAAGGAGGAGAUGGAAGCGAGCAGGCACCGCGAUUAGCUUACUUGGUCGAAUAAGUGGAUCUUUAACGACCCCUCCCGCUGGAAUCUCUUCUUUGAAAUCAACCCCGGAUCCGCCUCACAAAGCAGAUAUCAUCACAGAAGACGAAAAAGAAAACCACAAAGAAAAUAUCAGUGAAAAAACACAACUUAUUAACGAUGAUAAACGAUUGAGUGCGAAUCAAAAUAGCAACAAUAACACCAGAAUACCAGCCAUUGAAAAGAAGGAAGAAAAGAAAGAAAAUUUGAUGAGCAAUAUUGCCCAAGAUAUUUUUUCAUCAAUGAAGUUUAAGCCGCCACAAGAGGACCAAGCACGAAAAAUUUCGUCAGAAUCUUUUGAAUCCUCAGAAUCUGGAAUUUCCAUCGAUCAUGAUUCAAAAAGCUCUGAUCACAUCAAACCCCUAGCUGACCCUUUGAGCAAGGCAAAAGCGCCCGAGAGAAAAGAUUCAGGCAAGGAGUAG